UGGGCGGAAGGUAAAUCUCCAAUUGAGGAAAAGCGCCAACGACUGUGAGUCACGAUUUUCUGGUGAGGUUUGUGCUCAAUUCUCACACGGAGAGCAGAUGGAAACUGCGUUUGCGAACUCCAUCGUCGUGGACCGCAAGAGAAACCUUGCGUUCGGCGAGCUGCACUCAGGAAAACUGCAACAGCUCGUCCACAAGUUUGAAAACCACAACAAAAAGCUCCCCACUUGGCCACCCAAAGACUGUGUGGAGGAGUUCCAAAAGCACCAAUUACACAAACCGUUAUUUCUGGACGAGGUGGAACUCUUGGACUUGGACAUUAUUGGAUUCUCUGAUAAUGAAACCUGGUUGUACGUGUCCCCCAAAGCAAAUCAGUUGAUCACACAGAACACAAAAACGCCAUUGCAAUGGUGCCGGCAGGUUCUGGAUGCUCCUGAAUGGACACAAGCAAGACGCUCCAUAUGCCUCCAACUUGACUCAGCUUCCUGCAGGCGGCGAUUACUGUCCAGCCCUCGAGCCACCUCAACGCCGCCGACUGUUAGCAGAAUUGCAAUUGUGUCCCCCAAUGGCACUCCAAAAUCCAGCACAAAUCGUUCGAAUCUAAUAUUGUCCGAUAUGGACAGUAAAAAUUCUCAGAGCCCCAUUGGGAGGCCACGGACCCCCACCUUCAUUGCUCAUCUGACCUGUGACAGCCGCCUGCAGUACUGUAGCCCUCGGCCUCAUUUGGACUGUGACGUCAUCGCUCCCACGGUGGAUGAGGAUGACAACUUGGUCCCUCAUGGCUACAAACUUCAGGAUCUUACUGAUGUUCAGGUGGUGGCGCGGCUGCAGGAAGAGAAACUCAGGCAGGAUUACGCCAGCACUUCAUACGCCCUGGCCAACCGACGAAGCCUGAGCGUCACCCUUCCGCUCAGCGCUCCCCGCGACCAGGAGGUGGAAGAAAAGGGGGUAGACGAAGACUCCGCCCAUGUGUCGAAUCACUGCCUCUGCCCACUACCACACGCCCACACCUUCUCCAGCGCCCAAGACUGGCGAAACAACAAUAUUCUGUCCAUGCAUCCCUUCACCCCACCUUACCCCUACGCAGGUCCAACGCAACGGCCUUUCAAACCAAGACCAGAUAAACUGCAGAGGAGUUUGCCGAAUCUUGCUCAAUCUAACAGUGUUCCCAGUGCUUCUUUGCUUCGUAACAGCCAGAGCUUUGAUUCUCCAGGCUGCUCACCUCUCCCACAGUCCUCCAUAUCUAUCGCAGUGGCCUCCCCCAACCUACGGCACACAAGAGUCCAGAGUAUGGGAAACCUAUCUUCACCAUCACGUCAACCGCUAAAGGCCACUGUCUUUGUAAGCCCUACCAUCAGGGAUUCGACUUGUGUGUUUAGGUCAUGGUUGCAUGUUGGAAGCAGCAGGAUCCCGAUGCUUAGUAAAUGCUCUUCCCACUCUGCGUUAAGUCCAAGCCCACCUCUGCCUGCCUACUUCAAUGAUACCGCAGGCACUAUCCCCAGCUGCAAGUUGGCCAAACCAGGGCAUAGGUAUAAAAGUAUGCUACGGUGUUUUUCCUCAUGAUGUUGGCACCCUGUACUUUUUUUAAAUGUUUGUUUUAUAAAAUACUUAUUCUAAUUUAUACUGUUAGCUAUGUACAGAUGUGAAAGUGUGACCACUAAACCAUUUUUACCCAUGAAUGGAACACACAUGGGAAAUUUUUAUGGUAUUAAGAUGUAAAUGUAGUAUUGUCAACCUAAUUUGACCAGUGAUGUAAGUUUGUUUUACUUGUUCUGAUGCACUUGUCUUUUUUUUUUUUUUUUUUAAAGGGCACAACAUGCACACAGAAUAGAAGCUUUAUUUUUGUUCACGUUAAUUCCCAAUCCAAAUUUAGUUCUGAUUUGCUUUUCACCAGAAAUGUCACAUACUGCACAAUGUAAAGUAGCACCCUCGUUUUUCACCUUUCAUUGGUGUUUUGAUGAUGGAAUGAAUACUAAAGACAUGUAUUACAAUAUUACAAGUGAUUAACAACUCUUCCUAGUUCUGAAGGUGAUUGCCAAAGUGAAGAUCAAAUGUAUCUAUGCAUAUUUUAACCUGUAGAGUAUUAAAAAUACCUUGAAUGUAUUUUUUCACUAACAUUUGAAGAAAUUUUAUGAAAGCAAUGCAUUUACAAA